CACAAGCGACCUCUUGCGUGGCGUACUGCAGUCCUCGCGAACGAAAUAGUAGCUCUUUCUUCUUCCUCUUCCUCUUCCUCUUCGUCUACGUCUCUCCCCGCCCAAUACUAGUAGGCCAAAAUUGCGCAGCACCCUCAUACCUUCUCCAUUUCUUUCCUUCGUAAAGAAAAUGGCCAAGUUUACACCUUUGGCCGAGAACUUUCGCUCUCUUCCUCACUACAACACUAUCUCACGAGGUCCAGUCUUCAACACCUCCGUACUCAAACUCCACCUCUUGCAUUCUCCUCCUUCUAGGAGCCGCUUGAACUUCCGUGUCUUAUGUAUCAAAGAGAAAGAAACUGCCCCCAAAAAAGAAAGAGUGGCAGGGGUGCUGACCGGACUCCGCGUUAAUGAAUUGGAGCAAUUGAGUUCUGAGGGAGAAACGGGCCUCCAGAGCGGGUCCGGGGAAGUGGGAUUUGAUUGGAAAUCGCUGCCAUGGAAGAAUAUUCCUGAUAGGUAUAAGCUCAUCGGGACGACGUCGUUGGCCUUCGUUAUUUGCAAUAUGGAUAAGGUGAACUUGAGUAUUGCUAUUAUUCCAAUGUCACACCAGUUUGGAUGGAAUUCAUCAGUGGCAGGAUUGGUACAGUCGUCAUUCUUUUGGGGCUAUGCAUUGAGCCAGUUGCCUGGGGGGUGGCUUGCAAAGACAUUUGGUGGGAGAAAAGUUCUUAAGUUUGGGGUAUUGACAUGGUCAGUGGCUACAGCGCUUGUUCCUUUGCUUGCUGGAGUAUUACCCGGAUUAAUCUUGUCAAGAAUAUUGGUUGGAAUAGGUGAAGGCGUUUCCCCUUCAGCUGCAACGGAUCUUAUCGCCAGGUCAAUACCAUUGUCAGAGCGGUCACGGGCUGUAGCAUUUGUUUUUGGUGGUCUGAGUGUUGGAAGUGUUACAGGGCUUCUUUUGGCUCCUCCCCUUAUCCAGAAUUUUGGUUGGGAAUCUGUUUUUUACAUGUUUGGCAUUCUUGGGCUUGCCUGGUUUUUGGGGUUUCAAUAUUUCGAAGACCAAAAGGCUUCAUUCACUGCUGAAUCCAUUUCAUUGUCCCCGCCUGGCUCUAUGACACAAACAUGGAAUACGACUCUUAAUGAGUUGGGUGUCUCAUUGAAGGAAGUACCGUGGAAGGCAUUUUUUCGAAGUCAAGCUGUAUGGGCGAUGAUAUAUACUCAUUUUUGUGGAAGUUGGGGUCACUAUACUUGUCUGUCAUGGCUUCCUACAUACUUCAGUGAGGAGCUGAACCUAAAUUUGGCGGAAGCUGCAUGGGUUUCUAUCCUUCCUCCACUGGCUUCGAUCUUUGUUACAAGCAUUGCAGCACAAUUUGCUGACCAUUUGAUUGCGAAUGGAGUGGAAGUCACCACGGUACGGAAGAUUUGCCAAUCAAUUGCCUUUCUGGCGCCUGCAAUUUGCAUGACUCUGUCAUCCCUGGAUCUAGGAUUGCCACCUUGGGAAAUGGUGGGAAUUCUUACUGGUGGCUUAGCCCUAUCAAGCUUUGCCCUGUCAGGACUUUACUGUACCCAUCAAGAUAUGUCACCUGAAUAUGCGAGUAUAUUGUUGGGUAUUACCAACACUGUUGGGGCAGUACCUGGUAUUGUAGGGGUAGCCCUUACUGGUUAUCUUCUUGAUUCAACUCAUUCGUGGAGUAUGUCAUUAUUUGCACCAUCAAUCUUCUUCUACUUGACCGGUACGAUUGUAUGGUUGACGUUCGCCAGCAGUAAGCCUCAAACCUUUUCCAAGACAGAUUGACCUUGUUUACGUUCUCUGGAUACAUCAUUCUUUAUGAAGCCAUCCAAAUUGAAGUCAUUCCUGCUCAAUGCAAUUUUAAUUUUUUAAACAGCAUUGAGGUGAUACAGGUUCGGCCACUUAUUGUGUCAACUUAGUUGUACAAGUACAUAGGAAACAUAUGUAUAUCCCCACUGUCUUUUGUUCUGUCACAUGUAACAGCGUUGUAUAUUUUGGAAUUCUUUGGUUGGCCACCAAAGCAAUGUAAUGAACUUGUAUUUUCAUCGAGAAGAAAUUUUGUUGUAAGCA